GUCUCUCCAAGUUUUCCGAUCUUUUCACUUUCACAAAGUCCGAGAGCGAUCGAUUUCUUCUUCUGUUCGACGGCGAUUCGUGAACGGACUUUCACUCCUCCGCCUUCUUCCUUCCACUUCUCUCUCUCUUUAGUAGCGUCGUCUGUCGCGCUCUCACCGGCACCGCUCCAGGGGCCGUAUCGCUGAUCGUGACUCGCCGUGUUUCGCAAUGUCGUCAACUGAGGAAAAUCUAGGUGAAAUUACAGAUUCAUCGGAUGCGAAAGUUGAUGAGCUUUCUGAGAAUGUUGGCGAUGAUGCUGUUCGUCCUAUUUCUGAAGAAGAAGAGCCACUUGAUGCAGAAAACAACUCGUUUAUUUCUUCAGCAUCUUUGAAUACUUUGCCUAGCGAUGCUGCUCAGAUCCUCCCUUUGCUACAGAAUCUCCUGCUCAGCAAUGAAAUCCAAAGGGAAAGAUUACUCGGAUUAAUUCAACUGUAUGAUCCAUCUGCUGCUGAAGACAGAAAUGCAAUCGAAGGCGAGCAGAUAGCAACGGAGACUGAUCUACUGUCUGAGGUUCACUUCUUGGAGCAGAGUGUGGAGAAGCUUAAAGAGGAGGUCGAGAACCAGAAAAAAGCAAACGCUGAGCUAGAAGAAGAGAUAAGCCGUUUGACGAAGAGCAGUGAUCCAUAAAAGCACGAUCGACUUCUGAGCUUCAUCUUGAAGGAGACACACUCUGUUUGCAUUCUUUUUUUCAUCUAAAAAACAUUCUUUACUGAUAAGCUGAUUUGCUUGAUUCAUUCUUUUACUGCACAGUUACAAACCAAAAGAGGGUUCUUCACAGGCUUCCUAUAUGAUCCCUUCUUGUUUGUACAAACAAUUUGCAUAGCUAUUUUCUUUACAUGUUUUUUGGUAAUUUUGUAAUUCAUUGGAUUGUGA